AUGGAUCAACAAACAUUGACACGUCUGAUUGCUGAAAACACGGUUCAAGAGCGAGUCCGGCAAAAUCAGCAGAACCAGCAGCAAUGGGGACUCGCAGUUCAACAGGGACAGCGACAGUUUGGAACAUCACCCCAACAGCAGGCGCUACCUCAAGAUCGCAAUGGAGCUUCUCAGCAACGACAGCAAGGUUUAGCGCAGCAACAGCAGCAGAUGAUGCGCAGGCAAGAGCACCAGAGCGCAGCACACCCACAGCGACAGCCACAGAUCGGAUUGGGGCAGAACCAGAUGCAUCAGGUGCCGAAUGUGCAACAGCGAACCGAUAGCAUGUCUCCUGCCUCAGCAAUUUUUACUGGUGGCCGUUGGCCUUCCAAUGGAACUUCGUCUGACCAGUUUGAAGCAGAUAUUUUCUUAAAAACCACUCCGCCGCGCCAGGAUCUACCAGAUCGAGAGUCUCAAGCCGCAAUUAUCUCGGCGGUGCAGAAAAACACACAUCAACAGCAGCAGGAACAUCAGAUACAACAGCUACGUCAACAGCAGCAACAACAUCAACAGCGACGCCAGUUGCUUUUUCAACAGCAGCAGCAACGUGAAGAGCAGCAGCGACGUCAACGUCUACGUCAACAGCUGCAGCAACAACAUCAGCAGCAACGUGGCUCGCUUUCUGUAGGACAGGUGCAGGCUUCCAGCAGUAGCCCAGGCCAAACCCGGCAAGGUGUCUCAUCGCCCGUGGCGCAAAAGGGACAACCUUCGAACACUCCCAACGACCGGAAGCGCCAAGCGACGAGUGCACUGGAGAGUCCAAGCACAACUGAGAAGCGUCCAUGUACCCUCGGGACUAUCGAUAACCCUCUUGACGCGUGCCGUAUCCCGCCCACCAUCGCUUUCACUCAGGGUCCUACUGGAAAUUUGCCAGCAUCAACCCUAGCCCCCCCAGACACAGAAGCUGUGCGUGCCAAUAUCGACCGUCUGGUGCAAGAGAUCAUUGCAGGAAACAUGGCAAAGACGAGGCUGCAAGAGAAACAUGAGGUUGAGGCGAAAGAGAAACUUGAGGCUCAACAGCAACGCGAGGCUCAACAGCAACGGGAGGCUGAACAAAAACGCGAUGCUGAACAAAAGUUCGAGGAUAGUAAGAACUCUGAGGACGAACAGAAACAGGCUGAGCAGCAGCUCGAGGCUGAACAAAAAAUGGCUGAGCAGCGCAAGAAAGCCGAGCAAGAAGAGGCCGACAAAGCCCAAGAGGCACUUGUAGAGAAAGCCCGUGUUGAAGCCGAUAAAAUCCGCAUCGAAGCCGAGCGACGCAGGAAAGCCGAGCAAGAAGAAGCUGAUAAAGCCAAAAAGGCACUCGAAGAGAAAGCCCGUGCUGAUGCUGAAGCCCAAAAAGCCCACAUCGAAGCCUUGAGCCUCAAGAUAGCCCAAAGAGACAAAGCCUGGGCCGACGCCGCAAGAGCCAAAAAAGCCGAACUAGAUCGCAGAGAUGCAGAAUACCGCGUCGAACGCGCCAAGGUCCUCCAGAAAGAAAAAGACGACAGGCGCCGCGAAGAACUCCGCAGAGACCCCAGCGCGAACUUCCGCCACAUCCUCGAAGUGUACAAACUGAACCCUCCGGAGGGCGGCUAUGCAAACCGCAACACUUACCUCACCGGUCUGCUCGCCAACAAGUGUAUGCCUAUCGACAAGGACUCUGAGCUCGGUCUCGCCGUCACAUAUGCCAAGGAUCAUUGGGAUUAUUAUGGUGAGUUCCCCAAGGACGUGGCUCGGUUCGCGGAGUAUGAGAGGGAGAGGAGGAAGCAGGCAGCAGAGAGGAAGAAGAAGGAGGAGGAGGAGGAGGAGGAGGAGGAGGAGGAAGAGAAGCAGCAGAAGAAGUAG